GUGGCGUGAAGACAAGGACCCGAGAGUGCACGAAACAGCCGUGUGAUGAGCCGACGUCACAGGAGGCCGCCUGUAAUGAGCAAGACUGUCCCAUUGACGGUGGAGUAGAAGACUGGAGCGAGUGGUCAGAGUGCUCUGUGUCUUGCGGAGGUGGCAGCCAGACUCGAAUCCGUGCCUGUAACAGCCCCAGCCCCGCGCACGGAGGCAGAACAUGCAGUGACCCACUCAAUGAGGACCAAGAUUGUAACACGCAGGAAUGUGAAGAUGACGUUUGUGAAACAGAGGCACCCUGAACUCACCACAAGACACAAACGCACAAGGGAGUGAUAUAUAAUAAUAUACAGAGAGAGAGAGAUGCAAUAAAUAUCACGCUUCUUAUUAAUCCCCC